GCUGGGUAGGGCGGGCUGAGGAGCCGGCGUGCGGCGCGGCGGGACCGGGCGUGCGGCCCAGCGAGUCGGUCGGUCCCGGGGUCACCCGCUACGGGGCGCAGGCCUCGCCACAGACUAAGAAAAAUGGCUUUGUCAGCCCAACAGAUACCCAGAUGGUUUAACUCGGUUAAGUUGAGGAGCGUCAUUAAUGCUGCACAACUCACAAAACGUUUUCCUAGACCAGCAAGAACAUUGUUACAUGGCUUUUCUGCUCAGCCUCAGAUAUCCUCCGACAAUUGCUUUCUCCAGUGGGGAUUUAAGACUUACAGGACUUCCUCCUUAUGGAAUAGUUCCCAGUCUACUAGCUCAAGUAGUCAAGAGAAUAAUUCUGCCCAAAGCAGUCUGCUUCCUUCCAUGAAUGAACAGUCACAGAAGACACAAAAUAUAUCCAGCUUUGAUUCUGAGCUGUUUCUAGAAGAACUGGAUGAAUUGCCUCCAUUGUCUCCAAUGCAGCCAAUUUCGGAGGAAGAGGCUAUUCAGAUUAUUGCAGACCCUCCAUUGCCACCAGCUUCAUUCACACUUCGAGACUAUGUGGAUCAUUCUGAGACUCUGCAGAAGUUGGUUCUUCUAGGCGUGGAUUUGUCCAAGAUAGAAAAACAUCCAGAAGCAGCAAACCUCCUUCUGAGACUGGAUUUUGAAAAAGACAUCAAGCAAAUGCUUCUGUUUCUUAAAGAUGUGGGUAUAGAGGAUAACCAACUGGGAGCAUUCCUGACAAAAAAUCAUGCAAUUUUCUCUGAAGACCUUGAAAAUCUGAAGACCAGGGUGGCUUAUCUGCAUUCAAAAAAUUUCAGUAAAGCAGAUGUUGCACAGAUGGUCAGAAAAGCACCAUUUUUGCUGAACUUUUCAGUGGAAAGACUGGAUAACAGAUUGGGAUUUUUUCAGAAAGAACUUGAACUUAGUGUGAAGAAGACUAGAGAUCUGGUAGUUCGUCUCCCAAGGCUGCUAACCGGAAGUCUGGAACCCGUGAAAGAAAAUAUGAAGGUUUAUCGUCUUGAACUUGGUUUUAAACAUAAUGAAAUUCAACAUAUGAUCACCAGAAUCCCAAAGAUGUUAACUGCAAAUAAAAUGAAACUUACUGAGACGUUUGAUUUUGUGCACAAUGUGAUGAGCAUUCCCCACCACAUCAUUGUCAAGUUCCCACAGGUAUUUAAUACAAGGCUGUUUAAGGUCAAAGAAAGACACUUGUUUCUUACCUAUUUAGGAAGAGCACAGUAUGAUCCAGCAAAACCUAACUACAUCUCUUUGGACAAACUAGUAUCUAUUCCUGAUGAAAUAUUUUGUGAAGAGAUUGCCAAAGCAUCAGUACAAGACUUUGAAAAAUUCUUAAAAACGCUUUAGAUUUUUAUGUAUGUUAAAAUGCAGUAUUGUAAAGUGAAUAUAUAUAUGAAUAAAUGAAUAUAUUUUUAAAUGC